AUGAGUGAACUAACAGAACAACAAACUCCGACUAUAGAUCCAAGUUUCGAAAGUGAAACGCCUGUUGUAACGGAUGAAACCCCAGCUACUACUUCUACUGCUGAAGAAAAUAAAGAUAAUACUGUAGAAUCAAAUACUGUUGCUACUGAAUCAACUAUUGAACAUAAAGAAAAUGGAGGCGAAAACGAAGACGAAAAUGAAAAUGAAGAGAGUGCGCCAACAGAGGAUUUAGAUAUCGGGGUUGGUGGUACAACCGGAAAUGAAAGGAUUUCAACCGAUUCCAACAAUGAGGAUAAGAAUGAAGAACAGACAGCCCUUGAAAGAAAACGUAAACAUAUUGAAACAAGUACAUCGGAUGACGAUGAAGAAGAUGACGACAGAAUUAGAAGUGUACAAGGCGACAAUCUACCAAGGAGCUCAUCCGCGGAUCUUGAUAUUAUUGACCCAUCAAAGAGCCGUCAAAUGCUAGAAGAGAAACUGGACCGUAUUCUAAAGAAACCCAAAGUUAGAAGGACGAGAAGAGAUGAAGACGAUUUAGAACAAUAUCUUGACGAAAAGAUUCUAAGGUUAAAAGACGAAAUGAAUAUAGCUGCUCAAAUGGAUAUUGAUACGUUGAAUAAGAGAAUAGAAACCGGUGAUACAUCAUUGAUCGCAAUGCAAAAGGUCAAGCUAUUACCCAAGGUUUCUAGUGUAUUAUCAAAAGCAAAUUUAGCAGAUACCAUCCUGGAUAACAAUUUAUUACAAAGUGUAAGAAUUUGGUUGGAACCUUUACCUGAUGGAUCAUUACCUUCUUUUGAAAUCCAAAAAUCCUUAUUUGCAGCUUUGAAUGAUUUACCUAUUAAGACAGAACAUUUGAAAGAAAGUGGGCUAGGUAGAGUUGUUAUUUUCUAUACAAAGUCAAAACGUGUUGAACCUCAAUUAGCUAAACUCGCAGAAAAACUGAUUGCAGAAUGGACAAGGCCAAUCAUUGGGGCAUCCGAUAAUUACAGAGAUAAGAGAAUUAUGCAAUUACAAUUUGAUUCAGAGAAAUUAAGGAAGAAAUCAGCAUUAGAUUCCGCUAAAAGUAGAAGAAAGAGAACAUCUGGACAAACAGGUGGGUCAACAGCACAAACUCUAUACGAGCAAGCCGCUGCCAGAAGAAAUAGGGCUGCAGCACCAGCGCAAACAACAACUGAUUAUAAAUAUGCACCUGUAAGCAACUUGGGAUCAGUUUCCUCGACAGCAAGAACAACUGGUGUCGGUUCAACGCUGAAUAACAGUGAAAUGUACAAAAGACUAAAUGCAAGAUUGUCAAAGCAUAAAAGGACUAAAUAG